GAUACUGUACCUGUCACCAGUACCUAGUAUUGCUCUAAGGCGCUCUCUCCCCCACCACAAAUAAAUAUUGUCCUCCAAUUAACAUCCCACUUUCACACGAGACGCGACUUGCGUUUGCUUAUCCUCGUUCAUUUCAAAGGCGUACUCGGGUAAGAAUGUGGAAAUCUCUCGUGUCCAAUUCCAAGGACACCUUAAUAUAACAUGUCCUAUUACGAUAUAGACUCAAUACUUACCGAUGCCGAAAAAGUUCCCUGUAAAUUCGAGCUCGACGUACCCGAACUCGGCUAUCUAGACAACAACCCGUCACAUCCUCUCAAAGCUGGUACUUCCGUUGGUCUACCGCUAUGGCUCGCCGAACCCCUCGCUCUCACUAGAAGAGAACCAACUAGCUCAGAAGAAGACUCCAAGUCGUUCGUCUCGCUCGACCUGCCACCGUCCUUGUCAAACGAAGUCAUGUCCGCUCUGAAGGCCGAUCCCCGUGCUGUGCCCCUUCGCGACCAAUCUCACAACUUCUACGGUCUCGGAACUCGCAUGCUUGACGUCUUCGAGGAGAGGGAAAUAUGCGCCAUACUCAGAAAGACCUUCGUCACGAGGGCUACUGAUAUUGCCCUCCACGCUAGAAAGGCUGGCGCUACUGAGGAUAUGGGCGUUGGUGCCGGCGAAGAAUUCUUGAGAGGGCUGGAGGAAUGGGAGAGGAAGCUUUUUAGGAAGGCCCAUGAAGGUACCAAGGGAGGUAAGGAGUGGAUGGAAGGUGUUAAAAAGCAUUGAUGACCUCCAACGGCUCCCGAGCCAAUUCUUAAAGAAGCAAGAAUCAUCUAAGAUGCACCCCGUUCAAAUACCUACAUAUGCUUCCACGCAGGGAUUACCUAGGUUGGCGAUUUGACAGUCAUUUGCGCCAUCGUAUGAAUCUGUUAGUACGCCCAGGCGGCUCCAGGUGGUUAACGACACGCCUGAGAUAUGACAUCGUUGCUAUAUUAUGUUCCUAGGCUUUAAUGGAUUAUAUGAAAAGGCUUGUUUGUAUGCAGAUGCCUCUACCUACAAGAAUAAAAUAAGUAAUUAAUCGCCUA